AUGGCUGGGCAGGAGACCUACGGCAACUGGUUGGGACCUCCAGGGGCGACCAGUAAGAGACUGGUGAGACAUGGAGGAAUUUACUCCGUGGCUGCCAAAGCAUCCCCUGGGGACGACUUCAGAGCCGCGUCCCCAGGCAGCUCCGAGGAUGACUACGAUGAUGUCUCCAUGGCCGAGCCGCAGCAGGGGCACAGGAUGGCUUCGGAGGAGCUGCAGCCCCAAGGAGCCUCUGAUCUUUACAUCCUGGCUGGAAAACCUGCAGCAGCCAAACCAAUGUCCCAGGAAGGUGAGCCACAGCCUGGAGGUGGCCAUCGGCGUCGGGUGCCAUCGGUAGCCAUCCUCUACAUCUUGGUAGCCCUCAGCUUCGUGGUCUGGGUGCUGCUCUUUGCCUUGGCUGUGGUCAAGCACAUGGAAAUCAUGGAAGAGUUGAAGCUCCUGAGGUUGAACCAAGCCCAAGCGCGGCAGGAGGUGGCAGAGGCGCGGCAGGAGCAGGCUCGGCUGAGGGCUGUGAGGCACAGGUACUAUGAGGAGCUGCAGGACAUGGCAGCACUGAUCUGCAGAUCCUUCAUGGACUACAGGAAGUGCUCAGGAGGUUGGAAGCUCUUUGGGAAGAGCUGCUACAGCUUCUCCAGCCAGGCCAUGAGCUGGCAGGAUGCCAAGGAGACCUGCACUGACCUGGGAGCUCACUUGGUCAUCGUCGACUCCGAAGAGGAGCAGACAUUCCUGGUGGAGAACAUCAACAGCAGCAGCAGCAGCUACUGGUUGGGGGUGACUGACCAGGAGAAGGAGGGCAUCUGGGUGUGGACCAAUGGCAACAGGCCCACAAUCAGCUAUUGGAACACCUGGGAGCGGAGCGCGGAGCGGGAGCGGAGGGACUGCGGCAGCAUCGGCGCGGAUGGGGUCUGGACCCAGCGAGUCUGCUCCGAGCCCUGCCUCUGGAUCUGCGAAAAGCCUCGCAGCUGCUGAGCUCUGCUUGGGUUCGCUCCCGGAGCUGCUUCCAGCACCUUUGGGAUGCCCGAAAGGAUAUUUCCAACCCACCCCCCCGGGAGCAGUUUGAUGCUCUCCGAACCCCUCCUAAAGCAGCUCUGAAAUAGCCCUAAAGUGUCCUGGGAAUUUCCAGGUGCCGAGGGUGAGCCUUAAGGACAGCCAAAGCUCUCUCCUUCACCUCUUUACCUUUUCCCCCUCCCAGAUCCCAAAUUUCCCUCAAU